CGUCAGAGAGUGCUUGCACCGCACACUGCAUGUCAAUUCCUGUAGAGGGUACAUGUGAUACUUGCAUCUUGUGCUCAGUUCUGGAAGCCAGGCUUUUAGCUGUGCUGUGAGUAGGUUUACUACGUUAUCAUACCUUCUUCUCCAGCGAAUCUAAUUGAUUCGCAGAAUUAUUUCUAUAAGGAAACCGGGCUGUCUUUGUAAGCAUCGGGUUAAGAGACACAGCGACGAAGACGAAAACCAACAAGCAGAAAAAAAAAUAACCCCAGAAAACUGCCCGGAGCUGUCUGUUCUGUUUCAAACAAGCCAGCAAGCUGCCACAUUGUCCCCGCGUCCCUUAUUGCUGUAGGUUUUAGAAUCUGGUCGGGUUCCGUGUCCCAAAUGCCUAAAAACAGCAAAGUGACGCAGCGCGAGCACAGCAAUGAGCACGUCACUGAGUCCGUGGCUGACCUCCUGGCCCUCGAGGAGCCCUUGGAUUACAAGAGCAGCGCGCUGAACGUGGGGGGCAUGCCACCGCCUCCGCGCAAGAACAAGGAUGUGGAGGAGCCCCAGGACCCGGGAGAGGAGCGGCCAGCCUGGAACAGCAAGCUCCAGUACAUCCUGGCCCAGGUGGGCUUCUCUGUGGGGCUCGGCAAUGUGUGGCGAUUCCCCUACCUGUGCCAGAAGAACGGAGGAGGAGCCUACCUGAUCCCGUAUUUCAUCCUGCUCAUCAUCAUCGGGAUCCCGCUGUUCUUCCUGGAGCUGGCGGUGGGGCAGAGGAUCCGGCGGGGCAGCAUCGGGGUGUGGAACUACGUGUGCCCGCGACUCGGGGGCAUCGGCUUCUCCAGCUGCAUGGUGUGCUUCUUUGUGGGUCUGUAUUACAACGUGAUCAUUGGCUGGAGCAUCUUCUAUUUCUUCAAGUCGUUCCAGUACCCCCUGCCCUGGAGCGAGUGCCCCCUGGUUAAGAAUGGAUCACUGAGCAUCGUGGAACCGGAGUGCGACAAGAGCUCGGCCACCACCUACUUCUGGUACCGCGAGGCGCUGGACAUCUCCAACUCCAUCUCGGAGAGCGGGGGGCUCAACUGGAGGAUGACGCUGUGCCUGCUGGCAGCCUGGAUCGUCGUGGGCAUGGCCAUGAUCAAGGGGAUCCAGUCCUCAGGGAAGGUUAUGUAUUUCAGCUCUCUGUUCCCUUACGUGGUGCUCCUCUGUUUCCUGGUUCGAGGGCUGUUGCUGAGGGGGGCUGUGGAUGGCAUUGCCCACAUGUUCACACCCAGGCUGGAGAAGAUGCUGGAGCCGCAGGUGUGGAGGGAGGCAGCCACGCAGGUGUUCUUCGCCCUGGGGCUGGGCUUCGGGGGCGUGAUCGCCUUCUCCAGCUACAACAAACAGGACAACAACUGCCACUUCGACGCAGCCCUCGUCUCCAUCAUCAACUUCGUCACUUCCGUGCUGGCCACGCUCGUCGUCUUCGCCGUGCUCGGGUUCAAAGCUAACCUCAUGAACGAGAAGUGUGUCGUGGACAAUGCUGAGAAGAUCAUGGGCUACCUGAACUCCAAAGUUCUGAGCCACGACCUGAUCCCCCCGCAUGUGAACUUCUCUCACCUGACGGCGCAGGAUUACACAGAGAUGUACGGCGUGAUCCGGACGGUGCGUGAGGGCAGCUUCUCUGAGCUGGGGCUGGAGCCCUGCCAGCUGGAGGACGAGCUGAACAAGGCUGUCCAGGGGACAGGGUUGGCAUUCAUCGCCUUCACAGAAGCCAUGACGCACUUCCCAGGCUCCCCCUUCUGGUCGGUGAUGUUCUUCCUGAUGCUCAUUAACCUGGGGCUGGGCAGCAUGAUCGGCACCAUGGAGGGCAUCAUCACGCCCAUCGUGGACACCUUCAAAGUGCGCAAGGAAAUCUUCACGGUGUGCUGCUGCACCUUAGCCUUCCUGAUCGGCCUGCUCUUUGUCCAGCGCUCAGGGAACUACUUUGUCACCAUGUUCGACGACUACUCCGCCACGCUGCCCCUCACCAUCGUCGUCAUCCUGGAGAAUAUCUCUGUGGCCUGGUUCUACGGGACAGAGAAGUUCAUGCAGGACCUAACGGAAAUGCUGGGGUUCCGGCCGUCCUGCUUCUAUUUCUACAUGUGGAAGUACGUGUCUCCCCUGUGCCUGGUGGUGCUCAUGUUCACCAUGUUCAUUCAGAUGGGCCUCAGCCCUCCUGGGUACAGCGCCUGGAACGAGGAGACGGCUAGCGAGCGGUUCCAAAGCUACCCCCCCUGGGCCCUGGGGAUGUGCUUCACCCUGAUCACACUGGCCAUGCUGCCCGUGCCUGUGGUCUUCAUCGCCCGCCAGUUCCACCUGCUCUCCGACGGCUCCAACACCCUGUCCGUCUCCUACAAGAAGGGACGCAUGAUGAUGAAGGACAUGUCCAACCUGGAGGACAACGACGAGACCCGCUUCAUCCUCAGCAAGGUGCCCAGUGAAGCCCCCUCCCCCAUGCCAAACCACCGCUCCUACCUGGGGCCCGAGGGCCCCUCGUCCCUGGAGACGACCAACACCAGCCCCAAUGGCCGCUAUGGGACUGGCUACCUGAUGCCUACCACGCCAGAGUCCCAGCUAUGAUCGUUAGGUUAGCAGGUGGCAUUUCCCUUACCAACAAAACAAGCUGCAGUAUUCUGGACACAGUAACCCAUCAAAGCUGCCCUACAGCCCUGGAUACUGAAAGACUCCGAUCAGAGCAUCUUUUUAAUGAUCUCUCUUAGUUCUCUUAUUCAAGCUCCUGAUUGAAUGAUUCCCGUGAAUAAGGGGGUCGUUAAAUACUGGAGACCUCAUUGGGACUAACCUAGAGUGAAUGAGACACUACUUAGAUCAUUAAAAUAGACCCCUUGUUCUUUUAGAAAAGGGUAUGGUUAUUGCAAGCAUAUCUGGACAGGUGGAUUCAGAUGUAUUCAGAUGUAACUGUUAGCGUUAGUGUGCCUGUGUCGUGUGUUACUAGUUUUGUAACAUUACCACUUUAUGUUUCGUUCACACAGAACUGUGCACGUGGUAUUUUAACAUGAUAAUCUUGAUUAGUCUUUAACACAGGUUUCGUUUGGUACCUUCUUUGGGAUUGCUGUCAGAAACUCUUUUGCAGUAUUACUACGUCAGAGUGCUGCCGCACAAAGUUACUGUCUCCAGAAUACUGCGCUGUACUGCAGUUCAGGGGGGACAUGCUGUGGUGUUUUUGUAAGGGUUGGUUUGGAGGGAGAGGGAGGGACAGGAGCCCUUCUCAUCUUUCCAUUUCCAAGUCCAGUUGUAAUGUAAUAAAUACGUAGCCUCUAGAUAGUAGGAGAUCAACCAUUAAUGCCCCCCCCCCCCCCAAAGGGUCCAUUCUGUUUGGUGUCUGUCUCGGGGUCUGUUAGUUACUUAGAUAAAAUGCUAACCGCUCUCACAGGAUCCACUGCCACAUGGUGUGCUUUAAGAGUGGAGCAAUCCUAACCUUGUUUCUUCGGCAGCUUCCACAGUCCAAGCCUCUGGUGACUUUGCUAACGCAAUGCAGAGCACAUGUUGUGAAGCGCAGUUCAGUGAUGAUAUGUGCUUUAUUAUUUCACUUCACUGGAGUCCAAUACGUUUAAUAUGAUACAGCAGCUUGAAAUGAUUGUUCCAUUUAUUAACGGUUAAGUCUGAUUAACCAGUUGGUGCACUUUAUCAAAAACAAUGGCACUGGAGUUACUAUAGAAUUAAAAAAAAAAAUCUAAUCCAACUACAGGUACAGAAUUUAAAAUAUUCAGAAAAUGUAAAUCUCUUAAAUAUAUUGGAGACAGUGCAAUAUUCUGCCACCGUAGGGCAACUAACAUACAAAUCCUCUUACUGUACAAUAGCAAUCACUGGUAUUUCCUGAUUGCACAUUGAUAUGUAUUGCUUUAUUAAUUUAUAAGACGCUGGUACACAAAGAAAUGUUUGCAGGAUGGAGCAGCAUUGUAAUAAUACACUUAGACAAAAGCAUUAGCUGAAAUAUUUAUCGUCUUGGUGCUGUUGUAUAACCCUAACCCAAAGCCAGCCCUCUCCCUAGUUGUUAGCAAACCGACAGCACAGAUACAGAAGAAAAGCACAAGCAUAGCACCUCCCUGGAGAUCGCACAACCCAGCACAAUCCGUACCAGGAGAGGAGAGCAAUCCCGAAUAACAGGGGAGCCCCGGAGUCUGCCAGCUGGAGAGAGGGAGCAGCACCCUGGAAGAAAUUCCAGACAGGCUGUGCAGUCAGGAUUACAGAAACUGCUGGCUUUGACUCCGAGCACAAAUAGAUAUAGAUGGGAAUGCCUGAUAGACCAAACAGAGCUCACAAAUCCAUCCUUACUUAAUUAAGCACAGUAAACCCAUCAACAGCCUGCAAUAUACUGCUAAGGACCGCUAUAUUCUAGUAACUACAGCGGACAAGAAUACAGCUGCACAAUGCAAUGCUGACAUUGAACCCUGCUUGCUUACUUUAAAAAGACCUGUACUUUUGCAAAGAAAUGAACAGAUACAAUGAGGCUAAUUCCCAUGCAUUUCCCCCCCCCCCACAUUAUUCUAUGCAUUUGCCAUGCAUCCCAUGGCUUAACAGGAGUUUGCCAUAUUCAGUAUAGCACUUAUGUAUUACUAGCUUGUUUCAAAGGUCUUUGUAAUCUCUAAGACCACGUGCUUUUGACUCAGAAGUACCCAUAGUAAACACACACAAUGCCUUUAAAUUAAACUAAUGUAAUGAAAUGGGAUAUAGAAACUCCAGUGCCAUUCCUCUCCUCUUUAUCGUGAUGCUAGAUGCAAUGGUAAUGGUGAAUCAAUCAAUAGUGUGCAUUAUAUUUCUAUCGUUGUAUAUUUAAACUGUAUAUGUCUGUGUACAUUCUGUUAGUGAUGAAAGGGAUCUGUAAAGUGACAAGGUGAACCUUUUCAUCCGCUUGUACAUUUAUAUGUAUAUCGUUGUAUAUUUGGAGAUAUUUAUAGUUUUUUGUUUUGGUGCCUUUCCUUCGUACCCCGGAGCGGGGAGAGCAGCUGAUGCAUGAAGACUCAUUCCCAUCAGAGGGGAGGAGCAAGGGGAGGGGCGGGGGCGUGGUUUCCACUGAGGGACUGCUGUGAUUGGAUACAUUCUCUCAGCUUUUAGAAUCUUUUUAAACGUGUGGUUUAAAUCCCCUAGGUGGAUCACAGAUACGUGGUCUGUCUUGGAGUUGGUUAGAUUAAGUUUUAGGGGGUCGGGCAUAAACAUAAGGGUCCCCUCGGUUAAAACCACCCCCCCGCCACGCCCCCCCCCCCGAGGCGUGUCCUACAUGUCACGUGACACACGAGGUCCUUUCCUCUGAUGGGAACGAGACUCUUGUGACGUGUUGUCGAAGCGCAGGUUCCCUCUUCUUGUCAGGUUGUUGGGGUGACUUUGGACCACAGGCAGCGCCUGUUGCAUUUCCUCCCGUGCAGCUCCCUGCAAAAACAGUGAUCAGCGUCGUGUGCUGAACCUGCUAACUCAGUAUCUGCGCACCCGAGGCACUGCCUGUCCGCCGUGCUGCUUGAUACGGAAUCUCUUACCUAACUAAGAUCGCUAAGUAUAGCAGAACACCGCUAAUGCCAAGGCAAAAUCCCCGUUUCAUCUGGUGGAUGCGGGUGCAAUAGGAUCAUGAAACACUGGCAUGCGUAGCAUUGCCUCAUCACUUCCACGCAGAAAAAAAAAAACUUCAGGAAUUCUAACCCCCUGACGUCAUGCUUAACCAAUCUGAUUGCUCGCAGUUCUACCAUACGCUUGCUGCAUUUGUGCCUGGUUGCUGACUGCAGCUGCGCAUCAACCGCUGUACAAUAUCUCCUUAUCACAGAGCUACACAGAGAGCCGAGGCAUGUGCUGUAGUUGUGAUAACGGCCAGGGAGUGUCGCGUGGGAAUAAAGGCUCUCUUGCAGAAAGACAUGGGCUAUUGUUCCUUUGUUUCCUAGGUAAUGUCUUUAUUAUAGAACGUAGAGCUCAGCAGCCAUUUAGGACGCUAAAAGAGUUACAAUAUUUGACCACCAGGUGGCAAUGUGCAGCAAGUCAAAAUUAGACUUAACAUUCAAUGGCUCUCCCAAUAAUAAAAUGUAUUUUCACCAACUGCUAGUUGCAAGUGGGAGUGAUUGGACUUUUAUUGCGCAGUACUGGCAAAGCACCCGUGGUUGAUUUAUUAAAUUCCUCAGCAGCUGUUGUAUUCGGUGUAAGGCGGGGAAUGCACUGGGGAAACAGUGCCCCACUGUGGCCAAAGCGUGUAGUGAUUUGUGAUGUGUCCGUGUUUCCUGCUGAGUUUGUGUGUUGUGCAAGGCAUCGUAAAGCACAAGUCUUCAAUGAAAUCCUGCUGUAAAAGUCAAAGCACAGAAGAUCUAGUCCUUUCCAAUCAACAUGAGUAUUCUGUAUCUGCGUCUUUCAUUAUUAUGAUUAUUGUUAUUGUACAGUAUUUAAACAAUGUGUGGACAAUUACUUAUCAAUAUUACCAAAAAAAAAAACCGUCAAUAAAGAAAAUUGUUGUUGUUAUAUAAA